CAAGAAAACAGUCGUAUAUUCCUCUUCAGCCCAAAUAGAGCGAGAGAAAUCAAAGCUAAAAAAGCAGGACGAGAGAGAGAGAGAGAGAGAUCGCGUAUUGACAAGCAGGGGGAGACCAGAUCGAGUAGAUAAUGGAGUGCGUGUUCGGACUAGUUGGAGACGGCUUCGCUGUAGUGGCCGCCGAUACGUCGGCGGUCCACAGCAUCCUCGUCCACAAAUCUAACGAGGACAAGAUCAUGAAACUGGACUCACACAAACUCGUCGCUGCUAGUGGAGAGCCCGGCGACCGUGUUCAAUUUACUGAGUAUAUUCAGAAGAACGUCGCCUUGUAUCAGUUCCGAAAUGGAAUCCCUUUGACCACUGCCGCUGCUGCCAAUUUCACUCGAGGCGAGCUCGCCACUGCGCUGAGAAAGAACCCAUACUCUGUCAACAUUCUAAUGGCUGGCUACGACAAAGAGACAGGGCCAUCUCUCUACUACAUUGACUACAUUGCCACCCUCCACAAAGUUGACAAGGGAGCAUUUGGUUAUGGAUCCUAUUUUUCUCUCUCGCUGAUGGAUCGGCACUACCACAGCGGAAUGUCAGUGGAAGAGGCAGUUGAUCUGUUAGAUAAGAUCAUAAUGGAGAUCCGAUCUAGGCUGGUUGUGGCGCCACCGAACUUUGUGAUCAAGAUUGUUGACAAGGAUGGAGCAAGGGAGUAUGCCUGGCGUGAGUCUGUCAAAGAUGCUGCUGUUGCUUCAGCAUGAUUUUCUUGUAUUCAGAUUGCUUUUUGCGUGUUUAAUCUGAUUAAAUGGGCUUUACAGAGAUGUUAAACUGACUUUCUAAGACUAGAUUUAAGCGUUUGUUCCUCUUAUUUUUACUUGAAAUUGGGUAACGAAACAUGUCCCUUUCUA